AUGGAUUCUGACUACAACUCCUCCGACCUGGAGCCCGAUGAGCCCGCCCCAGAUCCCUUCGCUACCGCGGGCCAAGCAUCUCUGGAUUCCAUGCUUCGCUCCGCGCAGGAAGAUCGAAAGACAUCUAAGCUCAAGAAGAAGUCAUUGACUCUGCAGUCCGGCGCGCCCAGUACGGCUGUCAUUCAGACACUAUGGCAGAGAAGAUUCGAAUUCUUUCGUGAAAACACUCUUCGUAACAGGGCCCAACAAGUUCCAAACAUUGAUGACCUUGAGCGUUUUAUUACGACUAUACCUCAUCACAUGAAGUCCAUCAACCCCAACAAGAGCGCCAUCGCGUACAGCACCAUGACCAGCGCACUCCUCUGUAUCGUCAAAUACUCUGUAUUCACGUACCCUUCAUUUCGUCUCGAUGCCCAUGGUCGGUCUAGACUUGACUCUGCCUUGAAACAGAUGCUUAAAGAUGGGAUUCUCACCAAGGAGCGGGGUCGCAGCGAGAAGAUGUGGAUCACAUGGGACAUCAUACGCAAAAUGAAUGUUGCCCUCCUGUGUGAUUCGAUUCAGAAUGGCGCCUUCUCCUGGGACAGUACCAUCUACAGUGUGCUCUUUCUUUCUCUGCAGUCUGCGCUGGGCUGCCGAGACAUCAAGAUCAAAAUGGUGAAGGACGGCGGUCAGGACAGGCUUCGGGCUCUUAUCACGCUGAGAGCUUUGAAGGGAUACAAACUCGACCCCCAGAAGAAUCAGAUUGUCGAGAUUGCCGAAGUCAUGGAUCCAAACCUUAACGUCUGCUGUGUCAUCAAGCUCCUGAUGAUUUGGGCCAUGCGUAUCGGCGCUGUUUCACAUUCGAGCUGGGAAGAUCUCAUCGACGCUCUCCGAAGAACCCCAUCCUCCACUCUGUCCUGGACCCGUCCUGAUUUUCCAGUCUUCUGUGCGAAGGAGAGCGGGGGCGUCAAACAAUUCGAUUGGGAAAAACCUGCUGGCACCAAUGUGGGCCAACUGAUCCUAUCUCACGGCGCCCAGCGGAUGGGACUUCUUGCUCAGCCCGUCACUCAUGAUAUUCGCAGAGGAUCUGCAAGAGAAGCUGCCCAUUUGCCAUCGCUGCCCGGCACCAACAUGGAAAAUGCUCGGCUUAUUCUCCAGCACUCUGCAAGUUCCAAAGACCGUGGAAUCACGCAAGAAUAUGUUGGCCACGUCGGUACAGAUGUCUGGGGGGCGCGACUUCAAACAUCCCCCAAUACGUUGCCUGGCGCGGGAAUCCAACUUGACGUUGCCAUUGAAGGAUACAAGAAGACUACGAGACGCUCAGCUGCUGCUAUCGAAGAAGUUUGUGCUCGUCACUCGCUCGAUCCCACAACCAACUCUGGCAGACGGGCGGCUUCCAAGCGCGCUGCUAACGAUGACUGGAGUAAUUGGAUCGCCGACAAAAGAGCCCGUCACGACGAGCCCAUCUCAUCUUCUCACCCCGAGGAUUCGCAUUUGGUGGUGCAAGAGAACCCUGUCGAGAAGCAGGCAUCUGACCACAAUAUCAACGGCAGUCUGGCUGCCGAGAGUGAGGAGCGGAUAAAGCACCAGCAACCCGUUCAGCCGUGCCCCUCGCUCUCUACCGACUCGCUAGAGGAUAUUCUAGAUGACGAUACGCCGAUUGACCCAGCCCUUCGGAGCCUUCAUGACGCACUCUUCGAUGCGGAUAUCCCAGCCAACGAGAAGCUCCUUGCGCACGUCUCUUUGUCAAAUCCUGCAGAUGAUACCCUGCCAGCCAAUUGCAGCACCAUCGUGUCCGAUUCUGCGACCUUUGUCAGAUUCUUCUCCCGUAUCAACGUCAUGAAGGUCGACCCACGAAGCUUCGAGAAUUAUAGCCAGCGUCGCUCCUUUACAGGCCACACUUCCCGUGACGAAGCAUCCCAGUUUCGGUAUUCUUGCCCUAAUGCCCAUCUUGGUUCAAGCAUCUCUCGCUAA